UUUUAAUAAAAUGUUCCGGUAAUGUGAUGUUUUAGUGAAGGUGGAACAUUUUUUGUGAAAUGUUCUAAGGUUCUUUUGGGGACAUUGUUGAGGGAACACAUUACAGAAUGUUAUUUUAUAAACACUUUCAGGUUCUCAAUGCAACAUUCAGAAAAAGAACCCUUUGAGAACGUCUUCAGAAACAUUAAUCGAGUCUUUAAAAAGAACAUUCUAGGGGCUAAACACCACCAGAACUUUGUAGAACAUUUUUAGAACUAAAACUAACAUUACAAGUUCUAAUGUUUUGAAGAAAAUAUUUUAACUUAAUGUUGACAGAACAUUAAAAAAGGUUCCUCUGAAGCUGAACAGAAUCUAGACGAAGACAGAACGUUUAAUUAGAACGUGAUGUUGACGAAUACGCUCUCAUAAUGUUCCACUAAAACAGCAACACUCAGAAAAUGUUUGAAGAACAUAGAACGUCACUCUGGUAAUAAAAAAGACAAGAAGUUCCUCUGAAAACAUCUGGUGGACAUUGCAGAACAUUUGAAGGAUGUUUGUCAUUUAAAUGAAGGUUCCUACAAGGUCAAACAGAAUUUAUACGAAAACAUUUUUAGGUCAUCUUUGGAGAACUGUAGCGUUUUUGUAAGAACGUCACUCUGGUAAUAAAAAGAGCCUCUGAAAACAUCUCCAGGACUUUGUGAGAACCAAACCUUCCAGCUGUGAAGGAACCAGAUGUUCUGUGAUGACAACAUGGAGGUUCUAAUGAGUUCAUUAAUUGAUUGAUGAUAUGGUUCCAGAUUAAAGAACCCGUUGAUCCUGUCAGACGGAGCUCAGGGCAACAAAAGGACAACGGCAGCACUCUGCAGAUGACAUGUUCCCGUUAGCUUUUAGAGUAAUUUAAUUUCUCAAUAAUCUCCAUGGUGACAUAAUAAUAAUACACAUUACAUGACUGUAAAUCCGCCGGCUCGUGGCAGCCUGACAGGUGAGCCGCCUCCAUUUUGGAGCCGCUGUAGUUGGCAAAAUCAAAAUGGAGGCUUAAGUUAUUAAAACUGAGCAGCUUUAAUCAUUGGCUGUUCUGCUGGAGGAGCAUCCAGGAUUAAUCUCCUGCUGUCGUCGCUCCAGCUCAUCCUCAGUGCUCCAUCCCGCCGCCGGACGGACGGACGCUUCGCUCUGCAGCCGUUUCCUGCCGCUGUGGGUCGAGGAAUGAAGGCGGCACCAUGGGGUUCAUGGAGUUCUACCUGGAGAUCGACCCGGUUACGCUGAACCUCAUCAUCCUGGUGGCCAGCUACGUCAUCCUGCUGCUCGUCUUCCUCAUCUCCUGCAUCCUGUACGACUGCCGAGGCAAAGACCCCACCAAGGAGUACGCCCCCGACGCCGCGCCGCCGCCGCCCAGCCAGUCGCCCAUCCGCCUGGUGGUCAUGCAGAACUCCCCGGCCUCGUCCCGCUACGAGCCCAACAACACAGCGACCGGACACGAGCUGCCCACGCCUGACCUGAGCCGGGACCGAGGGGAGCGCGAGAAGAGGAGCACCCUGGUCUGAAGGUCCACCCACAUGGAGGAGCAUGGAGGUCUGCUGGAGAGUCUCCAUCUCACCUGCAAACCUCAGAAUCCCUUUAAAGUCUCACCUGAGAAACAACAGAACCAACAUCAAACCGAAGACCGCCGAGGAACAGAAACAUCCGACACUGGAGACCCUGGACAUGCUGACCCAUCAGGACCAGCAGAAACAUCACGGUUCAAGUUGAAGUGGAGGGGACGCUCUGGGGACCAGUUUAAAGAAACCAAAACACACUGGAACCAGUUUAAAGGGCUGGAACUGGACUGAUGUGGUCUGGUCUUGUGGUUCUGAUCAGUAGUUUUGUGGUUCCAGCAGGUAAACAGCUGUUUCCAGGUGUGAUGACAUGAAUUUAAGGAUCUCUGGUUGUUGGAGUUGAAACGUCCAAAACAAGAAACAGAUUAAAAAAAAGUCAAACUGGCUUCAUGUGUCGUCCUGAAAUGUUGGUGGACCCCCAUCAGACACCCGCCCCCCUCCCCCUCCCCCCGUCAGACCGUCCUGGCUGCUGAUUGGCUGCUGUGACGGAUGAUCUUCGGGUAAAUCCUCUUACGUAAACCAGCAGCAGCUGAGCAGCUCCGUCCAUCUCUGAUGUUUCAUGUCUGUGGAUUAUGAGCUGCAGAAUUAGGAGCUGGUAUUAUGAGGCCGUUAUCCUCUGGGAUGUUUUUUUGUCCGCAGGCCGAGUUACACAACAUCAGGCAACGUUCAGCCGAAGAGCCACGAAGCGGCAGAAACCAAAUAAAGACUUGAAAAAAGACUGAGGGGAAACUGUGGAUGUUCAACACCAGAUAUCAGCUCCAGUCUUUAGUUUUUGACUCUCCAGGUCCUUAAAGAUGCUUUAAAAAUGACAAAACACAGAAAACCUGCAAAAGGUUGAGAAAGUUCAGAUUGUUGAUUCUCACAUCAGACAUUUAUUUGUGGUUUUAUGUUUAAAUAAGCACAUUUUUAUGAUCUUAUUCCAUUUCCAGAACACAGCUAUGAACAUCAGCUUCAAAAUGAUUCAAAACCGAGAUAAAAAUCAACAUUUUCUCCUCUUUUUAGGAAUAAACGACGCUGUAAGUCAGACAUUUAGAGACAGAAAGUCAACUGGAAACUUAAAUAAUCUCCCAAAAAGCAGGAAAAUGAAUAAAACGCAAAAUGUGCUGUAAUAAACUUCACAUAGAGGUGAAAUAUUUAAAGUAAGACUUUGCUUUUUUCUGGUGUUUCACGUUUAAAUAUGAACAUUUUCUAUGAUCCAAUAAAUUUCUGCUGUUUUACAGAUUUUCUAGAGCAGAUAUGUGAAGAAGAAUUCUUGUUUUAUUUUGCUCAUGUUUUAUUAAAUCACAUUACAUUUGAAAGCUUAUACUGGAUAUCUGUGCAGAAAAAGAACAUUUUUCUGUGUUUUUAGACAUUAAAUGUUCUCUAAAUCAGUUUGUAAAUGAAAUCUGAAAUAAAACUGGACAGUUUGUUGGAUGCACGAGCUGCUGCAGUGGAAAACAUCCACAGCUGAAUAAAAAGAUAAACUGCUGCACGUUCAUAAAGCUGCUCAAAACUUCAAUCUGUGUUCAGACAAAGAAGUCCCAAAACAGCAAACAUGUGCCAAAAAGUAGAAAAAACAGAAUAAAUAUGUCAAAUUUGACCAACAAAGACACAGAAAUGUCCAAAGAAAGACAAAAAUGAACAAAAAAAGAGAAAUGUACGACAGAAAAGAGACUAAACGACCAAAACACAAGAAAAGGUGAUGAAAAAGCAAAAAGAACAGCAAAAAUAAAGAGCAAACAUGUCAAAUAUGACCAAAAAAGAUGGUUAAAAAGUCCAAAAACAAGAAAAAUGUGCCCAAAAAGUGGAUAAAAGAGAAUAAAUAUGACACAUCUGACCAACAAGACACAAAUAGGACACAAAAAUAGGCAGAAAAUAUGACCAAAAGUCACAUAAAAUAACUAAAAUAAAGACCAAAAACGACCAAAAAAGAUGUACAAAAAAACAAAAAGAAGAAAAACGUGCCCAAAAAGUAGAAAAAGAGAAUAGAUAUGACAAAUUUGACCAACAAAGACACAAAAAUGACAAAAGACAGAAAAAACAGGUUAAAAAAACACAGAGACCAAACCAUCGAAAUGCAAAAAAAUGUGACCAAAAGCAAAAAGAACAAAAAAAUAAAGAGCAAACGUGUGAAAUACGACCAAAACAGAUCAUUUUAAGUCACCAAAAACAGUUUUAAAGAGAAAAAUGAGGUUUAAUCUCAUUAAAUAUGAACUGAAGGACAUUAAAUACACAGAAAUAAGAGGUUUGAUGAGAAAACUACAUUUUUUGCACAUUUAAUUUUGUGUUCAAACGUGGAAAAGUUGCUGUUUUUCUUAAUAUCACUGAAUAUCAUCAGAUUUUUUCUUGUUUCCAGUAUUUUAUACAAACAUUCUGAUUAAUCUGAACUCGUUUCGUUCAACAUUUCAUCUGGUUUUAUCAGAUUCUGAUGAAAAAGAUCUGGAUGUUUGUUUUCUUUUUUCUGUUCUAAGAGGAUUUUAAAAUGGUUUUAUCUGAUGUACAAAAUGUAAAAGUCUAUGAAUAAAAGAGUUAAACUGAAA